AUAGACCUGAUCGCGCUAUAAGAGGGGCGCACCACGCACUCGUCGCAAAACCCUCAGCCGCCGCCGCCCGAGCAGAGAAGCCGCCUUCGCCGCCGCCGCCGCACUCCACCGCGCGCUCUCCGUCUCCGGCCGCCGCCAGACAAGAUGGUGAGAGUCAGUGUCCUCAAUGACGCUCUGAAAACCAUGUACAAUGCUGAGAAGCGUGGUAAGCGCCAAGUUCUUAUCCGGCCCUCGUCAAAGGUGAUCAUCAAGUUCCUCAUCGUCAUGCAGAAGCAUGGUUACAUUGGUGAGUUUGAGUUUGUUGAUGACCACCGGUCUGGCAAGAUCGUGGUUGAGCUGAAUGGACGCCUUAACAAGUGUGGUGUCAUCAGCCCACGCUUUGAUGUUGGUGUCAAGGAAAUCGAGUCCUGGACUGCUAGGCUGCUUCCCUCCCGUCAGUUUGGGUACAUUGUCCUUACCACCUCUGCCGGAAUCAUGGACCACGAAGAAGCGAGGCGGAAGAACGUCGGAGGCAAGGUGCUCGGCUUUUUCUACUAGAGAUAUUCAUCUCACAUGGAAGAUUUUCUCAGGUGUUAGCAAGAAGAGCUUUGUUAGUAGUGGGAGUCUGAGAACUUGUUAAGAUUAUUGUCUCCUAUGUCUGAAUUACCCCCCAAUCUGUUUUUAUUUUGCUUGGCGACUGAGUGAGCUGCUGUACUUUUCUCCAUCGUAUGAUGGCUCAGAAUCUUGCAUGAUGCGUGCCUGCCUUUUUGAUACUCCUAAUCUUUUACAAGUUACUAUAAACUUCCUGGGAUCUUUUACAAGUUA